GCUAAACAGUGCCGAGCCUGCCGGAAGAGAAGAAGAGGAGCUACGCUGCUGCCCGCCCCCUUGUGUCCGCAGGAGGAACUGCAGUAACCGGGCUGUGACAGCUGCCCCGGUCCCCGGUGUCCCUUCAUCCAUCUCAGUCCGUAAACAACGCGCUGGUUGAUCAAUUGCUUUAUAGGUUAAAGGCCGUUUCAUCGAAAUGUCGUCUAACGAUUAUUCCCAAACGUCUGCCCAGGGCUAUGGGUCCUACGGUGGAGGAGGUGGUGGUGGUGGUGGUGGAGGCGGUGGCGGUGCUAACCAGGGCUAUGGUCAGUCUUCUGGUCAGAGCUAUAGCCAGCAGGGCUAUGGAGGCUACAACCAGAGCUCUGACAGCAGCUCCGGCUCCUACAACCAGGGAGGAUAUAGCAGCUAUGGUCAGCCCCCGUCAGGAGGAUACAGCUCUCCGCCCUCUAACCAGGGUGGCGGCAGCGGCAGCAGUGGUGGUUAUAAUCAUUCCAGUCAGCCCUAUAGCUCUGGAGGCUACAACAGCAGCAACCAGCCUUCCAACAUGAGCUACAACCAGCAGUCAUCAUUCUCUGGGUACAGCCAGCAGCCGCCUUCCUCUUCCUCCUCUGCAGGAUAUGAAGGUAACUCGCAGGCCCCUGGCUACAACCAGCCACCGAGCAGUGGACAGAGUGGAGGUGGUUACGGCAGCAGUGGCGGUCAGACUGGUGGCUAUGGGGGCAGCGGGAGCCACCAACAACCACCCCAACACGGAGGAGGAGGUCACUACAACCAGCCUCCAAGCUACAACUCCCCCCCUCCACAGAGCUACAGUCAGCAGAGCCAGUAUGGCCAAGGUGGAGGAUAUGGAGACGAAAGCCCACCAUUGAGCGGAGGAGGAGGUGGAGGGUAUGACAGUCCUGAUGGAGGUUACUUGGGUCAGGAUGGCCGUGGUGGCAGGGGCCGUGGGGGUGGAUUUGGAGGUCGCGGUGGUGGCGGAUAUGAUCGCGGUUUUGACCGAAGCAGCCGAGGUGGACCAAGAGGAAGAGGAGGCAUGGGAAUGGCCGAUCGUGGAGGAUUCAGUAAGUUUGGUGGACCAAGAGACCCGGGACAUGGAGGACCCAGCUUCAUGCAAGACCAGGAUAACUCUGAUAAUAACACCAUCUUCGUGCAAGGCCUGGGAGAUGACUACACUGUUGAUUCGGUGGCAGACUUUUUUAAGCAGAUUGGGAUCAUUAAGGUCAACAAGAAGACCGGCCUGCCCAUGAUCAACCUGUACACAGACAGAGAGACGGGGAAGCUGAAGGGCGAGGCCACGGUUUCCUUCGAUGACCCCCCCUCAGCUAAGGCUGCCAUUGACUGGUUUGAUGGUAAGGACUUUAAUGGAAAUCCUAUCAAGGUGUCUUUUGCCACCCGCAGAGCUGACUUUGGAGGCCGAGGUGGCAUGAGGGGAGGUCGAGGACGAGGAGGGCCGAUGGGUCGUGGUGGUGGAUUUGGAGGGGGACGAGGUGGAGGUUUCCCAGGAGGCAAUGGGGGCGGCGGCGGUGGAGGAGGAGGAGGCAGCGGUGGCGGAGGAGGUGGAGGAGGAGGACAACAAAGAGCCGGAGACUGGAAGUGUUCAAACCCCAACUGUGGCAACCUGAACUUCUCGUGGCGUAACGAGUGUAACCAGUGCAAGGCCCCUAAACCUGAGGAUGCUGGUGGGAUGCCCCCAAUGGAAAGAGGAGGUUACGGCGGAGAGCGUCGAGGGGGGUUUGAUCGGGGCGGUUUCAGAGGCCGAGGUGGUGACCGCGGCGGCUUCAGAGGGGGCCGAGGAGGCGACCGGGGAGGAGACCGUGGAGGAUACGGCCCUGGAAAGAUGGACGCAAGGUCAGACGCACUCAAACGAACGGCCCUCUUUGGCUGUCAUGCAUUUAGCUUGGGUGACCACAGACAGGAGCGGCGGGGCCGUCCGUACUAGGUCAUCUGUCGUAGGACAGCCCUUGUCCACGCUGCGCCCAGCCCAAACUUUCACCUUUUUAUAUAACUCUGUUAACUUUGAUCCACUUAAUUCAGUGUGUAGACAAUGUGAUUAUCCCUGUGGUUUGUGUUUGCUCUAGUACAUGUAACUCACUUCGUUCACGUCUAUCCACAUUCCCUUCUCGCUCAGUGGGGCCUCAUUUAGAAAAAAACAAUCAAAUCUUUAGGGGAUAUAGGGAAAUAUUCUCACCAGCAUCAUCAGAAUCAGAAAUAUAAAAUAUAGAAGAAUAACGAUUAACACUUCACAACAAAUAUGUGCAAUAUGCCGGGGAUGUACAAUGAUGAGAAAUUAAAUAAUGUUUACAUGAGACAGCUGUAUAACUUUACAUGGUUCUUGAAACUAGUUAUUACUUAUACAGGGAAGAUGGUUUUAAGUCUCAUUUACACCACAUUUAAUUGAAUUAUAUUGAAUUUUCAGGCGUGGGCCAAGGGACACGUAUUUUUGUUUCUGGUGUGGAUCCAUUAAAGGGAAUUCUUAGCA